AAAAUCCAUACACCAUAUCUCCAAUCUGGUUUUCAUCACGUUCUCUUGAAUCUUCUCAAUAUCUCUCAUUCUCUCCCAUCAACGGUUAUUCUCUCUCCUCCAUUUUCAGCCCUGUCGACAGUCGCUCAAACCAAGCCCAAGAAAACCGUUGCAGCAAAGAAGUCACUUUCUCAUCCCACUUUCGCUGAGAUGAUAACUGAAGCAAUCACAAACCUGAAAGAAAGGACCGGUUCAAGCCAAUAUGCUAUAACAAAAUUCAUCGAAGAGAAAUACAAGGACUUACCUCCAACUUACCGUAAGCUUGUCCUCCCCCAUCUCAAGAAAUCUGUCGCUCCAGGAAAGCUUGUCAAGGUGAAAAGUUGCUUCAAAACCGCAACAAGCCACAAGCUACAACGCGAGCAACAACAGCAUACCAGUCGCAACACCAAGACAAAAACCAAAAGGCGACCUGCACAAGCUGAAACAACUCAGGCCAAUGCAAGCUGCGACGAAGUCACAACACCGGCUCCGAAAGCCACAGUUGCUACCAGCUACAGCAACACACUUCCAAACGCCAAGCCAGCUGCAUCGAAACCGCACAAAUUUUUAAUAACCUGCAUAAACUCCAAGUGAAAUCUUGCAUAAGAAUCUAACAAGAAAAUCUGCAAAAAACAGAACUCAAUAUAAAGGGAGCUCACGCAUCAAUCACGAUUCCACUUGAAUCUUCCUUCAAAAGAGAAUUCUAACAACCCUCCAUCACUAAACCUUCUUCAACCUCUAACAAACUUAACCAAUCCUCUGUUAACCUUCAAUCCUCUUCCAAUCUUCCAUCACCGAACCACCACAUUCAACCUCCUCUACCAACAAAUUCCUCUUUCUUCUUCGACCUCCCUGUAACCGACGCCGAUUCUUUAGCCUUCGCCACUCCAAGACUUCGCACUCGUACCUCUACUCCUUAAUCACUCUUUGAACCACAUAGAGAAACUCACGAGAAAAACUCAACCCAUCCAAUUCAACCGCCCCAGUCACUUGCAAUAUUCUCCUUCGUCUCAACGAUGCUCAGAGGAUAAACAGAGGAGAAGAAGAAGAUCAAAAUGAAGGAAGGACAAGGAAAUCGUACCUAUUCUUGGAAAUUUUGACACAAUUAGGGAUUGAAGUAGUGGUUUCCGCUUUGAACAUAUGAAUUGAAGACUUAAAUCCUUGAAGAACUUCCAUGAACGAUGUUGAAUGCCAUCCAAGAACACGAGUCCACGAGCUAUAGUGUUGAACGCCAUGCUCUGAACAAAACGCGAUUGUUGUUGUCCUAACGUGAAUCCGAGAACACAAUUGCGUUGAACGGUGAUGAGAAUCGCGAUGUUUGCUCCGAUUUUUUGGAUAAGCGCUUUUCAUCUUGGUUUGGUUUUGUGGCUUUUCUGCAUAAGCAUUUUCGGCUCCAGCAGUAUGAGUGCAUACUCAUUGGGUCUGGGUUUGGUUUGGACUCAAUUCUCAAACAAACCACUCUCUUCACCCUAAACCGGGCCUGCACCCCUUCCUCACCAUCUCAAGGCCCAUGUCCGUUUCUUUGUUAAAUUUUGUUGGUUUUUCUUAAUUAGGACUUAGGAUUAGUAAUUAGAAGGUUAAUUAGGACCUUUAGCAAUUAAUUAGGUAGAAUUAAACAAUUUUAGAUUAGAAUCUUGAGAUAAUUAGAAAUAGUUUAGAAUAUAAUUGUUUUUAGUUAGGAUUUUUAUAGAAAUUAAUCCAUAAUUUGACAAAGGACAAUUUCACCCCUAGUGUUAGAAAUAGGCUAAUCUUGCAUGCUCCCUUAGUUUUAGGACUUAUAGAAUUUCCAAUUAACCUACCUAUUAUUUCUCAUGUGGUUAACCUUAAUUCUAAUGCAUGUUUAGAUAGAGCUUAAUCUUUAGAAUUUCCAUUCGAUUAAUUUUUAUUUUCUGCAUUCCACUUCAUUAUCCAUCCCCCCAUACGAUUGGGUUGUCCCUUUUAGGCCCAU